GCCAUGCUCCUGGUCGGGGGCGAACCUCCGGCGCAGGAAUGGGUCAUGGUGCAAACCAAAUCCAAGCCCCGCGUGCCGCAGCGCCUGCAAGUGCAGCGCAUCUUCAGAAUCAAGCUGAACGCUUUCCAGAGCCGCCCGGACAGCCCCAAUUUCUGGCUGCAGCUCGAGGGGCCCAGGGAGAACAUGGGCAAAGCCAAGGAGUAUCUGAAGGGCCUGUGCAACCCAGAGCUGUGGAAGGAGGUUCGCUACCCACCAGCCCUGCACUGCGCCUUCCUCGGGGCCCAGGGCCUUUUCCUCGACUGCCUCUGCUGGAGUACCCAGGCUUACCUGGUGCCUGGCCCCACUGGCUCCCUAAUGGUGGGCGGGCUGACCGAGUCUUUCAUCAUGACCCAGAACUGGCUGGAGGAGCUGGUGGGGCGACUGCGCUGGGGCCCUGCCCCUGUUUGCACCCCCCGGGGUAUCUGGGAGGCCGAGGUGACCCGGGCCUUUGGGGCUUUGAUCUGGAUCCGUGGUGACCAGUAUGCAGGGGACCUGCUGCAGCUGCCCCCAGCAGUCCAGGAGCUGCUGCUGAGUCUGGUGCGGGAUGCUGCGGGCAAGGAGGACAUCAUCGAGUGGCUCGGCCGCCUUGGCACCUCCAACGCCCGCUCCGACCCGGAGGUCCUGAUCUGCCCUCCGCAGCAGCAGAAGGAAGGCUCGGCCAUGACGUCUGUGGGCGAUGGUCCUGGGCCUUUGCUGGAGAUGAGGACCCUCCAGAAUGGGAACACAGAAAAUACAAAGAGAUUAACCAGCCUGGGAGCCAGCCCAGGCCAGAAGGCACAGCAGGAGACAGCAAACCAGCUGGUACGGGUUGGUUCCAACAGUCAAGGUGGUAUGGACAGUGCUCACAGGGAAGGGCCAGUGCCAGCCGCCGGCAGCCAGGAUCCUGCGAACCACUCACAAGCCUUGGCACAGCAGCGGCAGCUCCAGAGGGUGGAAGACAAACUCUCCUUCCAGCCUCCGGUGACAACCCUGGGUGUGUGCCCAUCUUGGAAGGCCUGGGCUCCGGGGCCAGCCUUUGGGCCCUUGUGGCCAGGGACCAUUGCUACGACCUUCUGGAGGAUCAAUGAACUGCAUUCUCUCCACCUGGCCUGGCUGCUGUCCCAGGCGUGCUUCAGUUUCCCGUUCUGGCAGAGGCCUCUGGGCCCCAUUCAGUUCAAGCUCCCAGGGCAGAGUCCUUUGCCCUUAAACCUGGAGUGGAAGCAGAAGGAGCUGGUUCCUUUGCCUAGUGUGGAAAGCCCAGAUGGGGGACCAGGAGGAGAGGCAGACCUACAGAAUUGCCCAAGGCCAGAGACCCCCCCAAAAGUCAUGAGUUUAUUGGUGGUCUCAGGGGGCUCUGGUAUAAAGGGCAAAGCUAGCCCAGGGCUUCCACAGGUAGGGCCACCUUUGACCUCUACACCCCAACUCCAAGCUGGAAGUGAGCUGGGGGAUCAAGGAAGUGUACAGUGGGAUUGUAAGGGGCCAGAAGAGGGGCCCUUACCAGCACCACCCACAGGGCAAGGGGUGCCUACUGCUCAAGGGAGGCCUGUGGGCCAAGGGGAGCCAACGGCUGAGUCAGUACCUGACACUCAAACAGUGCCUGAGACUCUCGAAGUGCCCAUGGCUGCAGCAGUGCCUACUGCUCAAACCCCACCCCAAAAUCAAGUGCUAUCUGCAGCCCCCAAAGUGCCUACAGCCCAGAUGAUGCCCGCAGACCACACAGAACCUGCAGCCCUCAAAGUGCCUUCGGCUCCAACAAAGCCAGCCGCUCCUGGGGGGCCCACAGCUCAAAAGGCAGCCGUGGGUCAACCGGCACCAGCAGCGCAAACGGUACCUGCGACUCCGAAAACCCCCACAGCUCAGAAAAUCCCUGCAGCCAAAACAUCACCUGCAGGUCCCAAAGCACCCAAAGCUCAAACUGGGCCUGUGGCUAAAACAGGGUCUGCAGCCCCCAAAGCGCCUGCGGCCCCCAAAGCGUCUGCGGCCCCCAAAGCGUCUACGGCCCCCAAAGCCUCCAGAGCUCCGAAGACGCCUGCAGCGCAGAAGGCGCUCACAGAUCCAGGGCCAGCCGUGGAUGCAGCCAAACUCCCGAGAGAGGCCCAGCCUUCGUCAAGGGGCAGUGCGUCCUCCCCAAAGGGCCAGGGGGAGGCCAGGAGGCAGGGUCUCCAGCCCUGCAGCACCGUGGCUCCCAGUAGUAAGCACCAGCCUCAGGUGGGUGGGCUCCUGGGGGCUUCGGAGGGGACCCCAAGGCAGCCACCUCGACAACCACAGGCGAACAGCACAGUGACCAGCUUUCAGAGGUACCAUGAGGCCCUGAACACGCCCUUCGAGCUGAACCUGUCGGGAGAACCUGGGAACCAGGGGCUGCGGCGAGUGGUCAUUGAUGGCAGCAGCGUGGCCAUGGUACACGGCCUCCAGCACUUCUUCUCCUGCCGUGGCAUUGCCAUGGCAGUGCAGUAUUUCUGGAACCGGGGACACCGGGAGGUCACUGUGUUUGUACCCACCUGGCAACUGAAGAAGAACCGGAGGGUGAGAGAGAGCCACUUUCUGACGAAGCUACAUUCCCUCAAGAUGCUUUCGAUCACCCCCUCCCAGCUUGAGAACGGCAAGAAGAUCACCACCUACGAUUACAGGUUCAUGGUAAAGCUGGCAGAGGAGACAGAUGGCAUCAUCGUCACCAAUGAGCAGCUCCACAUCCUGAUGAAUAAUUCCAAGAAACUGAUGGUCAAAGAUCGGUUGGACACUGACGUUGGCAACUUCCUGAAGGUGUGGAAGGCUCUUCCUCCCAGCUCAGCCAGGAUCUCUGAGCAGAGUGAUACCGCCAAUUCAGGGCCCCUGGAGAGUCCUCAGAAAGUGGAAGAAGUUAGGGAGGAGAAGGAAGAGAGGCAGGACGAAGAGCCAGAGCUGAGGGAGAGACAGGAUGAGGAGCAGAGGGAGGGGCAGGACACACAGAGGCCAGCCGAGGAAGAAGACCAGGACUCCUCGCUGGCAUCGCUGGCAUCGGUGUUCAAGUCGGAGUGCCCCACCCUUUCAGAGGAAAUCCUCCGGUGCCUCAGCCUCCACGAUCCCCUCGAUGAAGCCCUUGACAUCGAUCUCCUUCCAGUGGUGGCUUCUCCGUCCCUAGGUAUCCCCUGGGAUGGGAAGGCUCCCUGCCAGCAGGUUCUUGCCCACCUGGCCCAGAUGACCAUCCCCAGGAACUUCACCGCACUCUCCUUCUUCAUGGGAUUUAUGGACUCCCACCGGGAAGUCAUCCCUGACUAUGAAGCCCUUGUGGGCCCACUGCACAGCCUCCUCAAACAGAAGCCAGACUGGCAAUGGGACCAGGAGCAUGAAAAGGCCUUCCUGGCCCUGAAGCGAGCCCUGGUGUCUGCCCUCUGCCUGAAGGCCCCUGACUCUCAGCUGCCCUUCUACCUGGAGGUGAUGGUGAGCCAAGUGGCCCUGACGGCCACUGUCUAUCAGGAGAACUCAGGGAGAAAGCACCUCAUUGCCUAUACCUCGAAACCCCUCCUCCCCGACGAGGAGAGCGAGGGCCCCCAGUCGGGGGGAGACAGCCCCUACGCUGUGGCCUGGGCCCUCAAACACUUUUCCCGCUGCAUUGGAGACAUCCCAGUGGUCCUGGACCUUUCCUACGCUGCUCGGACCACUGUGGACCCUGAGGCAUGGGAGGACCGCAGGCUUUCCAAAGCAUGGUUGAUCCGAUGGGCCCUCUUGGUACAGGACAAAGGCAAGAGGGCGCUGGAAUUGACCCUUCUCCAGGGCCUGCUGGGGAAAAACCGACUGCUGACACCUUCAUCCUCCUUGCCUCGUUUCUUCCAGAUCCUGCCUCCUUUCUCUGACCUGUCCACUUUUGUCUGCAUCCACAUGUCGGGCUAUUGCUUUUACCGUGAGGAUGAGUGGUGUGCUGGCUUUGGUCUCUAUGUCCUGUCUCCCACCAGCCCACCUGUCUCCCUUUCCUUCUCUUGUUCGCCUUACACGCCCACCUAUGCCCACCUGGCUGCCGUGGCCUGUGGCCUGGAGCGCUUCAGCCAGUCCCACUACCCCGUGGUUUUCCUCACUCACUGCCACUGGGUCUUCAGUGUCCUCUGGGAGCUCCUGCCCCUGUGGAGGGCCCGGGGCUUCCUGUCCUCUGAUGGGUCCCCACUACCUCACCCGAGCCUGCUCUCCUACAUCAUAUCCCUCACCUCUGGCCUCCCAUCCCUUCCAUUUAUCUACCGAACCUCCUACCGUGGCUCCCUGUUUGCUGUGACAGUGGACAACCUGGCCAAGGAGGGUGCGCAGGGGGGCGGGGAGUUUUGGAAUUUGCCAACGGAUGUGCCAGUCCCCAUAGUGUCCCCCCAUACCAUGGGCAAGAGGCCCAACUUGCUGGCAUUACAGCUGAGUGACAGCACUCUGGCAGAUGUCAUUGCCAAACUGCGGGCUGGGCAGAAACUGUCCAACUCCUCACCCUUCAGUUCUGCCUCUAACUCGCUCAGCCUGGAUCAGGAGAGCGGCCUGCUUCUGUUCAAGGGAGAUAAGAAGCCCAAAGUCUGGGUAGUCCCGAGGCAGCUCCGGAGGGAUCUGAUUUUCUCUGUGCAUGACCUCCCGGUGGGGGCUCACCAGAGGCCUGAGGAGACCUACAAGAAGUUGCGGUUGCUGGGGUGGUGGCCCGGGAUGCAGGAGCAUGUGAGGAAUUAUUGCAGGAGCUGCUUGUUCUGCAUCCCCCGAAAUCUCCUAGGCAAUGAGCUGAAGGUUAUCGAGUCCCUGUGGCCCCUCAGGUCGACUGCCCCCUGGUCGAACCUGCAGAUCGAGGUGGUGGGCCCAGUCACUGUAAGUGAGGAGGGCCACAAGCAUGUUCUGAUUGUGGCUGACCCCCACACCAGGUGGGUGGAAGCAUUCCCGCUGAAACCCUACACGCACAUGGCUGUGGCCCAAGUGCUGCUUCAGCAUGUAUUUGCAAGGUGGGGUGUUCCCGUGAGGCUGGAGGCCACCCAAGGCCCCCAGUUUGCCCGGCAUGUUCUGGUGAGCUGUGGGCUGGCCCUGGGAGCCCAGGCUACCUCCCUGAGUAGGGACCUCCAGUUUCCCUGUCUGACGAGCUCAGGGGCCUACUGGGAAUUCAAAAGGGCCCUCAAGGAGUUUAUCUUCUUGCACGGCAAGAAGUGGGCGGCUUCCCUGCCCUUGCUGCACCUGGCCUUCAGGGCCUCCUCCCCCCAGGCCACACCAUUCCAGAUCCUGACCGGGGGCCAGGAGAGGCUGAUGGGACCCCUGUGGUGGGAGAUGAGCAGUGCCAAUAUAGAAGGGCUCAAGAUGGAUGUCUUCCUGCUACAGCUGACGGGGGAGCUGCUGGAGCUCCACUGGAGGAUGGCCGACAAGGUCAGUGAAAAGGUGGAGAAUAGGCGUUUCAAGCGGGAGAGCCAGGAGAAGGAGUGGAACGUGGGCGACCAGGUCCUCUUGCUGUCCCUCCCCAGGAAUGGCAGCAGUGCCAAAUGGGUGGGUCCCUUCUAUAUCGGGGACCGGCUGAGCCUGUCUCUCUAUAGGGUCUGGGGCUUCCCAACCCCAGAGAAGCUCGGGUGCAUCUAUCCGAGCAGUCUGAUGAAGUCCUUUGCCAAGAGCGGCACCCCCCUGUCCUUCAAGCUCUUGGAGCAGUGAGCUGAAGCAGUGGGGGAGGCCCCACUCCCAGGGUCCUGGGCUGUUGCUGCUAGGCCUCUCCCUACCCUCAUCAGUGCUCUCAAAGCCCCCCUGGGGCCCCCUUUGUGCCUUUUGUGGAGAAGUUACUCAUAAAGCUUUGCUGAAUUGCCUUGAACUGGGGACCAGCGUCCCUAUGGAAAUGUCCCCAGUGUGGGGUAUUGCGAGAAUCUGCUGUCAGAUAUGGGCCUCUGGCAGUUUCCCCUUACUAAGGUAGGCCAGGCUCAAUGUCUUUCCCCAAGUAUCCCCUUCACCCUGUCACACAUGUGCAGGUGUACACACACACACACACACACACACACACGCGCGCGCGCGCGCACACACACAGAAUUUGACUCCUGGCUACCUAACCGUAAAUCAGUGUGGUUCAGGACCUCAGAACCAGAACCACAUUGCACUCUCAAACAGAAACCUCGAAUGUAGACUCCUCUCCCCCGACCUUCAUUUGGGGACCCUUUGCCCUUAUAGUUGUCACAGUUGACACAAAUCCACACGGGCUGUGGAGAGGCAGCCUGUUCCCAUUCUCAUGGCCAGCUUCUCGGCCAGGCUAGGCCUGCCCCCUGUCCAGGAAGGGCUGGCAGUCCUGGGCCCCGAGGCUCGGAGCUGGGGUGGGAGGGCGGGCUUGUCAGCACAGAAAGGCAAGGGGGAGACUGAGUCAGCCUACCUCAUUUGACUCCAGCUCAUGGAGAUAACGCUGACCCCUGCUGUGAUGGUAUUAACCCCACGGGAAUCAAGGAUCUUGAUGCCAAGUGUGGCAUCUCUACCUGAAGAGCUGCUUCAACUAGACCAAGGGGCCCAGGCCUCUCUUACAAGGGGGGAGGGUGUCUGAAAUGAGCAGUGUGGCAGACGGUGAGGUGCUGAUGUGGCUCUACCUCCCAACCCCACCCCAAAGCCCACAGCCCUCUCCUCCUCCUGCCCCCACUGUGCCCUGCAUCCCCAGCCCCCACAUAGUGUGUGACUGCUGUGGUUGGAUCGCCCCCAUCCCCUGGACCUGCUUUCUGUGUAGAGCAAAACCUGGGCUCUGUCUGAGCACUCUGCAAUGAUUGCUCUUAUAGCGAGAGUGAGUUCUCAUAGGUGUGUGUGCUCACACUCACCCUCUGACUUGCUGCCACCACUGACAAAAUGAACUCCAGGGAAGGCCAGCACCAUAGCCCUCUGCCUGGGCCUCUGAGGAGUUUUAUUUCUCCAAAGCUGAGCCAGUCUCCUGGCCUAGCUCAGGUUGCCAACACACUUGGCAUUGCAAGAGCCGGAGUAGAACCUGCCAUAGAGAAGAAUUUGCUUGUUUUACAGCCAAAGAAAUGCCCAGAGAGGGAAAGUGACUUGCCCCAAGUCACACAAUAGUUUGUGGCUAAGCCGGGACCAGGAUUAAGCUUCCUGACUCUCAGUUCACCAUAGACAGGGGGGGUUCUGGUGUCAGGUUCAAGUCAGAGAAUCCCUCAAAAUCCUAUACGUAUAUCCCCUCCAACUCCCCAUUUCCCAUAUCUUGUUGACAAACUACUAGUUGUUGCCCCUUAAACCAUUUCCAGAUGUUAAUUCUGUUCAGGAAAGAAUGCUUGGAUGACAUGAUAAAGUGAAAGGUGAGCUGUGGGAGUUUUAGCAGAUACCCUCUUUCCUUUUCCUCCCCUCCCACUUCUCUUCCCUCUCCCUCUAAUGGUAUGGCCAACCUCAUUUUCCUUCUCCAGGGCUAUACCCAUUCCUCCUGUUAACCACAUUUAUGAUCCUAUAUCCUUUUAUUUUUCAUUUGAUUUAUCAAUAAACAGAUCAAUAUGGA